CACCUGGUAACAAUAUCUUUUAAUAGCUGUUUAUAUGUAUUUCACAUAAAUUGGGAAGAAUUUGUGUCGAGAAGUUCAAAAAAUUUAAAUUUAUUGCCAACCUAAUGACAACAAAUUAUUGUCACGACACAUCUGGAAGUGGAUAAUGUAACGUGCAUUUAUUAUUUUGCAUCUGUGACAGAUGAGUCAGUUUUUGAUCAGCAGUGUGGAAGUGAGUGUUAUUUUCAACGUGGGAUUUGAAUUUGAAAUAAAAAAAUAAAGAAAAUGGACUCGACUCAAGAACAAGUUGUAAUGACUCCGAAAUGCAAAACUGCCAAUUCAACGACUCUCAUAAUCGAAAGACGGGCUGUGAAUAAAACCAAUGAAAAGAUGCAUGUGGCUGGGGGUGAACAUACCGGAAUUAUAAUAAAUAAAGAGACCACGAAUGAAAACGGCGUUUCUGCCCCAGCCGAACUCUCGCUCGAAUUUCGCGUUUUUUUAGUCAGUGCUCAGACGGGGAAACACACCCAGGAAUCGCGAACUUUGAGGUUCUGGUUUCGGGAACAGGAAGGGGACAAGGCUGCUGUGGCACAGGAUUUCUUCAAGGAAUUGGUUAGCCCUCAAGAAUUCCCCAGAGAUUAUGUCGGAUUUAUUAAAAAAAUCAUGAAACUAAUGCAACACAAUUAUAAGAGUAUCACUAAACUGGAGGUCGAAUUAACGCAGUUGCAGGAAGCAGAAGUCCCGACAAGGCCACCUCGACCUGGUUAUCUCCAAUUCGAGCUAGCACCUGUUUGUAUGUCAGUGUCAGCCGACGAAAAUUCUUUAGGAAAUGUUGUGUUAUUGACGCGUGAAAAAGUCUUAGAAAUAAUUGAAUCAUCGUAUCCGAAUCCUGUCACAAUUCAGGACAUUGCAAAGGAAAAUGGUUGGGAUGAGGAAGAAGUCGCCCAUCACAUUGCUGAUCUGCAAUCAAGCAACAUAGUUAAAGCCAUGGAACAUGGCGCAUUUACCCGCCAACAAUCCCACGACACUCAAGUAAUCAUCGUGAAACAAAUGCCGACGAUGGUCAGUUCGAAACAACCGACAAUCGCCAUAAUCACAGCCCAAUACUGUGAGAAAUUGGCCGUAGAUGCGAUGAUCGAAAAUAAGGAAACUUUCGUUAGAUAUACAACAGUAGGUCCCAGUAGUCCUACGGGUGAAAAACCGAGGGCCCGCUUUGGGGAAUCGAAUGUUUACACUUUGGGGAACAUUGGGGCCCACCGUAUAGUUUGUACAAAGUUGCCAUCAGUGGGUCAUACUAGAGAAGCAAUGACCGCUGCUGGGAACACAACGACGAGACUUUUGGGGACUUUCCAGAAAGUCGAUUAUGUGUUUUUGGUCGGCGUGGGUGGGGGAGUCCCCCAUUAUACGGAUUACAAUAAGCAUGUCCGAUUAGGAGACGUCGUAAUUUCGCAUCCCGUGAAUAAUAAUAAAGACGUUUAUGUUUAUUGCGAGACGGCCAAAAUUAGCGAUAAGGGUUACGAUUUUGAAGUUAAACAUUAUCGCCCUAAUAAUUUCAUUUUGCAAGAAAUUUCCGCACAGUUAAAAUCGUCCGAUUCGGGUGAUAAUGGGACCAUUUCACCAUGGGCGAAAUAUCUCAAAGACGGCUUAAAUAUUCUCACUACUCAAAUCGAGACUGAUUUUAAACCCCCGAGUGUCGAAACUGACAAAUUAUACAUGGCCAUAGGUGAAAGAGAUUUAAUUGAAGUCGCUCAUCCUGUGCCGCAAGAUAAAAACAUUAAAAGGCAGGAGGGUUGCCCCCGGAUCCACUUAUCGACGAUAGCUUCGGGUCGUCAAAUCGUCCGCGAUGACCGAUUGAGACAAAAGUUUGCGUCCGAAAUGGGCGCUUUGGCCUUUGAUUGCGAGUUUGACGCCGUCAUAGAGUCCGUCCUCGGCAAUUGCAAGGACAGUUUUAUCAUAAUUCGGGGAAUUUCUGAUUAUAAAGAUGGCACUAGACGUAAAGAAUGGCAACCGUAUGCGUCUCUAGCAGCGGCUAGUGUCAUGAAAUCGAUUAUUUGCGGCCUAGAGCCACCAACUAAUGUCUAAUUAAUUAUGUAACUUAGGUACAAAGACUUGCAUGGGACUAAUUUUUAGAUCUGUUUUUUUGACAAAUUUUAUUUUAUUAUUUACUUUAGUUUUUUCGGUAGGUGGUUAACGUUAUAUAGUCUAUGAGGUUACCAAUUUAGAAUAUUUAAGAUUAAAUUGUUGCUCUUAUGGUGAGUAUAGUUAACGAAUUUCAUGAGACUGUCUAGGGUUUCGUCACGAAUCAUAGAAUAGGUCACGACUGCCAAUUAAUCAAAUUGUUGUUCAAAUUGUGAUUAGGUGAUAUUUUAGUUUUUUUCCCCAAAAUUCCAAUUUUUAGUCGCUCAUGUGAGAAUACUUCCAAAUUGCAUUUAAAUUUAGGAUAGCACCAAAGUAGACAUUUGACAUUAAUUCCAUUAGUGUGUUUUUUGUACAAGAGAUUUUUACUUGCCAUGUUUUAGUCACAGAGCAUAUUUAAUUUAUUAAUGUUUUUAUUUACAAUGAGUUUAUUUAAAUUAUUUUGUAUAUCUCAAUAAAGAAUUUUAAAUCAA